AUGGCUCAACCUGUUAACAUUGGGGAACUGGUGGUCAUUGCUUUAAAAGCUGGCAACGGACAACAGGAUCCUUUUUGCAUAUUCAAACUCGGUUCAGUGGCAAAGAAAACGAAAACGGAUCAACGUGGUGGACAAAAUCCAAUAUGGGAUGAUCAGAUUAAUUUACCCAUGCCUGCGGGCGUGACACGACUCUUUAUUCAAGUAUUCAACAGACAAGCAAGUCAGGAAAAUCUUAUAUCAGAGGGCCACGUGGAUCUUCAUGAAGUACUUCGAAAGGGAGAACAUGAUGGGUUUUUUCCAUUAGUAUUGAAUGGCAAACGAGCAGGAAAGAUAUAUUUGGAAUUGACAUUUUAUGCAGUAAGUUGA